AUGGGAGCACCAGUGCUCCUUUUAGCCCUGACCCUAUUCCCAGUUGCAGCUGCAGCAAGCCUGGAACCUCACUAUAUGGUGGUGUUCCCUGCUGUCAUUCACCAUUCCCAAGAGGAGAAGCUCUACAUUCACCUCAGCUCCCUGACUGAGGCCGUCCACCUGGCCGUCACCUUGCAGGCAACCCAGAAUCACACACUGGUGGAACAAGAUGUGGAGAAGCCAGGCACUUUUCAGUGCAUCACCUUCCAGGUGCCAGAGUUCAUUCCCAGAAAAAGAGAUGAUUCCACGUCACACCCAGAGGUGGUGGUUUUUCUGCAUGUCCUGAUCCACAGUGGGGACAAUGUGCUCUUUGAGGGUCGCAAGAAGGUUCUGGUGAAGCCCCAGAAGAAUGUAAUACUGGUAGAGACAGACAAGGGCUUAUACAAACCUGGCGAAACAGUGAAAUUUCGAAUUGUGAAUCUCGAUGAGGACCUUAAGGUCAUUAAAAAUGAGUAUUCCCAGAUAUGGCUGCAGGAUCCUGAAUAUAACCAUAUUGCUGAGUGGUUGAAUGUAAAGUCAAGACAUGGCAUUGUGGAUCUAUCUUUCCCCCUGGCCUCUGAAGCACCCCUUGGGAAGUAUACCAUCUCAGUGCAACAAGACAUGGCUCAAAAAACCUUCAGUGUUGAUAAAUUUGUACUGAAAAAAUUUGAAAUAGAGAUUGAGCACCCUCCAUUUAUUGCUACAGCAGAUGAGGAAUUUCAGCUGAAGGUCUGUGGCAAGUAUACCUAUGGGAAGCCCGUUCAAGGGAAAAUAGGUAUUACUUUUAUCACAUUAUCCCAGUUCUUGGAAGACAAUUUCUCAAAUUCUACUGGGAUGAAGAAGCAAAACAGCUGGGCAAACAAGAAUGGCUGCACUACUUUUACAGUGAAGACAGAGACUCUGGAAUUAAAGAAAACUGACAGCUGCAUAAUUGUGGUAGGAGAAAUGGUGGAAGAUGGAACAGGAGCAAAGACUAUAGAAAUAGUUAAACUUCCUAUUGCAACAAGAAUGAAGUCUAUAGAAUUUAUCAACCUCCAUUCAUUCUACAAACGUGGACUACCAUACACAGGAAAGAUGUUCUGCCACAGUGACAAUUCUCCCCUCAGAAAUGAAACGGUCUACCUAAGAGUUGACAUCAAUGAUGAGGAGACACAUCUAUCGUUCCUCACAGAUGAGAACGGGGAAGCUCACUUCUCACUGGAUACCACCAGCUGGAACAGCACACUGGUUUCUCUGAAGGGUACCUACAACCUUGGAAAUGACGAUGAGCAAGAUUCUUCAGAAAGUUACACAAAAGUUGAGGAUAGCUUCCACUGGCUGAAACCUUUCUACUCUGAGAGCAACAGCUUCCUUGAGAUCAAGGCCAGGGAUGAUGAGAUGCCCUGUGAUCAACAGCAGGAAGUACAAGUGGAUUAUAUCCUUGACCGGAAUAAACUCAGCUCUGAAGCAGAUCACAUUGAUUUCUACUACUUGGUGAUAGCAAAAGGCAAGAUCCUUUUCAGUGGAGAGAAGCAGGUGCCAAUUAUCCAGCAUGAGAAUCUGCAGGGCUCCUUCUCAUUGACGCUGACUAUUGGCAAUGACUUCCUGCCUGACAUCAAGCUUCUACUGUAUGCAGUCUUCUUGGAUGGAGAGGUGGUGGCUGACGUGGAAGACUUUCAAGUAGAAAAGUGCUUUAGGCACAAGGUGGCACUGGACUUCUCACCCAAGGAGGAAGUCCCAGAUUCAAAAGUCAGUCUGGACCUCAAGGCUGCUCCGGGGUCCUUGUGCUCUAUCCAAGCUGUUGACAAGAGUGUCCUUCUGAAGGAGAACAACACCCUAACAGCAGACACACUGUAUGAGAAUGUCUUUGAUGACAGCUUUACAACUGGACAACGAGGGUACCCUUAUCACUUGGAAGACUUUGAGGCGUACCCUUGUCUGCCCCAGCAGCCCAGUCUCAGCAAAAAGACUUGGAUGGGAGCACCAUGGUACCAAAAUGAUGCUGAUGUCUUUAUUCUGUUUAAGAAAUUGCACAUGAAAAUAUUAACCAAUACUAGAAUCAAGAAACCAGUUUCCUGUAUGAUACCAGGCUUUGAGAAAAAGAUGUAUUCUGGAAAAGACAAUGUUGUUGACAAUCAGGUUGGCCACAGUGAUUCUGCACCUCGCUCUGAUGACAAGAAGACGCCAAAACCACGGACACUUUUCCCAGAGACCUGGAUUUGGGAUUUGGUCUCUGUUGGGGACAACGGUCAAGUGUCUCUCCAAGUUGCUGUACCUGACACCAUCACAGAAUGGAAUGCCAACGCCUUCUGUGUUGCUGAUAUUGGCUUUGGGUUCUCACCUCUGACUACUCUUAGGGUCUUCCAGCCUUUCUUUGUGGAUCUGUCACUGCCAUACUCUGUGAUCCAAGGAGAGACUUUCAGCCUAAAAGCCACUGUCUUUAACUACCUCAAGGACUGUAUCCAGGUGCGCACCACCCUCACAGAGACUCCAGAACUAAAGGUGGACGCCUGUCCAGGCUGUCAGUUCACCAGCUGCCUCUGCGCCAACGAAGCAAAAACCUUCGUGUGGAACGUGACAGCCACCAGGCUGGGCAGAGUGAAUGUCACUGUGAGCAGCGUGGCAGAAGAUUCACACGAUCUGUGUGAUAAUAGGAUCGCUGUGACACCUUUGCAAGGAGAGAGAGACACAGUGAUAAAACCUCUGCUUGUGAAGCCAGGAGGUGUCCUACAAGAGAAGACCCAAAACGCCUUUCUCUGUGCUGCAGAUAACACCGUCUCUGAAGAGUUCUCCCUAACUCUGCCUGCAGAAGUGCUGGAGGGAUCUGGCCGAGCCACUUUCUCUGUGAUUGGGGACAUCAUGGGCCCAGCACUUCAAAAUUUAGACCAGCUGCUAGGGAUGCCCUUUGGCUGCGGUGAACAGAACAUGGUUCAGUUUGCACCAAACAUCUUCAUACUCCAGUACUUGAAUAAGACUAAACAACUGGACCCAGAAAUUGAAGAUAAAGCACUGAAAUUCCUGAGAACAGGUUACCAGCGUCAACUGCUCUACAAACAUGAUGAUGGCUCCUACAGUGCCUUUGGGAAAGCUGACAACCAGGGCAACACAUGGCUGACAGCUUUUGUAGCCAGGUCCUUUGGACAAGCCAGUUCUCACAUUUACAUCAAUAAGGAUCACGUGCACAGCGCUCUGCUCUGGCUGCAGAAGCACCAGCUGCCCGGCGGCUGCUUCCAGAGUGUGGGGAAGCUCUUCAACAAUGACUUGAAGGGUGGUGUGGACGAUACAAUCUCAUUAACAGCUUAUAUCACUGCUGCCCUCAUGGAGCUCCAUCUGGAGAAGAAUGACACCAUGCUGGAUAAUGCCUUACAUUGCCUCAAGAAUGUAACACUUGAUAAGACAAGCCUUUAUGUUAAGGCCUUGAUGGCUUAUGUCUUCACACUGAGAAAGGACAUGGAGAUGAGAAAGCAGCUCCUGGAUAUGCUAGAGAAGGAAACUGCAGAACUCCUGACAUCACAUUCCAGGAGUAAAGAAUCUUCUUCUUCUAUGAUUGAGACGGUAGCCUACAUCCUCCUGGCUCAUGUCUCCGCACCAGACUUUGCACUCAAUGAAGCCUCAGUGAACAAGCUUGUGCACUGGCUCAGCAGACAAAGAAAUGCCUUUGGCGGAUUUGCUUCCACACAGGACACAGUUGUUAGCCUGCAGGCCCUUGCUCAGUAUGCAGCGCUGAUUCCUCAGGAGAUCAGAGAUGUGGAGGUGACAGUGAAAGGCAAGGAGGCUUCUCCAUUGGAGUUCCAUGUGCACAGGAACAACAAGUUGGUCCUGCAUCAGGCACCUCUCCUUGCAGUCCCAGGGAUGUACACAGUGCAGGCGACCGGCAGUGGCUGUGUUUACGUACAGACCACUUUGUACUAUAACACCCCACCACCAAAAAGAGAAGAGGUCUUUGUCCUGGAUGUGGAAACAGUACCAAGAGAAUGUGAUGGUGUCAGGAAACAGCUUGACAUCCAUGUGUCUGUCAGUUAUGUAGGGGAACGUGAGACCAGUAACAUGGCCCUGGUGGAGGUGGAGAUGCUGUCAGGGUUCAUUCCUGUGAAGAGAUCUGUGAAAGCGCUGGAGAAGGUACCCCUAGUGAAAAAGACAGAGAUGAUGGAACCAAACAAAGUCACAAUCUACUUGGAAGAGCUCGGUAAGACUUCUCUGAAGCUUAACAUCUCAGUGCAACAAGAUGUUGCAGUGCAGAACCUGAAACUGGCAACAGUGUAUGUCUACGACUACUAUAAGCCUGAUGACCGCGCAGCAAGAGAAUACGGUUUCCCUUACAGUUCAGCCUGUGGCAAUCGUUACCUGUUUGCUCGAGUCGGUUUCUCGAGGGUGAAGCCGCAAAACCAGUCUGCCCGGCGACCGGAGGAGACGUCUGCUCGGAUUCUCCUGCUCUUCUUGCGCUUGACAAAGGUCGGGAACUCGCAGACGGGGCCACCUGGGAUGUCGCUGGCGCACGCUGAGAUCGGCAGCGUGGGUUAUGCUCCGGGCUGGCCCGUGUUCUCAGGCUCGGACUGCGCCGGGAGCUGGUUUUCUGCCUUCCUUUCUGCUGUGCUGUCAUCCCCGCCGUGGUGUUCACAGGCCUUUGUAUCCCUCCGUGUCUGCUUUUGA